AGUGACUGUCCUGGCUGGAGCGAGCCUCCGUCCACCAAGGGACAGUGUUCGUGGGGCUUCCCAGCUCUCUGCAGGGCGGCGAGAUGUAUCCGGAGGGGCCUGGCCGCGACCCAUCCACUCUCCCCACCGUCUACCCUGACCCUGGCUUCGCUGGGCUGGCUGCCCACAGCGACUUGCUGGACUCUUCAGCUGCGCCCAAGCCCUGGCUGGUAUCCCUCACACUGGCGUCCUCCAGGGACGCUUCCGUUCAGACUGGACAGCUGGUGCACAGUCACGGGCUGCACUUCUGGAUGCCCCCUUCAGACACUUCUAUGUCGGUGUCCAUUUCCACGGUCACCGAGCCCAGCUGCACAGGGCUCCCUGACCUGCCCGGAAGCCACCCCCUGAGCACAUUCCUGGAGGAGGGUCCGGGCACCAGCGUCAGCCAGGCAGGCAGCUUCCUGGUGACAGAGCCCCCACCACAGGCUCCGGAGUUGGUCCUGCCCCAGAGCCUCCCGGAGCAGUCUCCUACCCCGUCGACCUUUCCCGGGCCUGUGCCUGCUGGGGAGCUGAGCGAGGCCCUGCCGUCCAACCAGGUGCCGUGGUCUGACAGCCAGGACUCCAGCGAUGCCUUCUGGGUGGCCAGGAUGCUCCUUGAGCUUUCGGGGGGGAACCUGGGCUGAGCUGCCCCCGGGAGCCAGGCCAGCAUCCCAGGGAAGACAGGUGUGGACAUUCGACCAUUCAGUACAAGUUACAGAGCCUCAUCCUGAUGAAAAGAGGAGGUUCCCGCGUUCCCUGGGGGCUGUGCUGGGAGGUGUGUGCAUCCCUGGUCCACGCCCUGUUUAUGCAGUUGUUUGGCAGCUCCCGAUGUUGGAGGAAGCGUUUGAGAAAUGUUUAUGAAUCCCAGUCCGAAGGGGUGUGUUCCACUCAGGCCACGGCAGACAUUAGGGCCACCCCUGAGCAGUUGUGGGCAGGAGACUGUUCCCCUGUGGCCAUCCUCCUGCCCGCCCUGCGCCAGGCCAGACUCCCCCCAGCUAAUGUGGUGAGUGGGAUGUGGAAGCAUGCUGUCAAUCUGUGCCUGUGGUGCUUCUCCAAGUGGCGUGGGGUGUCCCAGCAGGGUGGUGGGUGCCUUUCACUCUAAGGUUGUAAUCUGUUACAUUUGCCACAUGUUCUGUUCAAUUACAUUAAAGUUUCAUGUUCUGGACGCCUCGUGUUUAUUCACCUAGCUGCACCCUGAGCACUGCCUGUCACUGUGGCUGUUGGUCUCCGACCAGCAUUGCACAGCACGGGUGCGGGGACCCAGGCAUCACAGAUACUGUCCCUCGUGUCUUGUGUUAUAUGCAGGGUCACGGGGGACAUCCCUGCCAUCUGCCCUGAGCUGAUGGUGAUGUUGUGGGAACAAGAGCUGCCCUUUGGGUGGCAGUGGCCAGACACAAGCACCCUGACCGUGGCGCCCUGUGUGCGGUGCACCUCCUGUCGCCAGGGUUCGGCCUGACAGCUGUUUCUCAGAGGUUACAACAGUGCCUGUACCCCAAAGGGUCCUGGCUUUUAUUCCCAGUCUGCCAAUUCCUGCACAAAAAUGAUCCUCUCCUGCCCUCCUGUGGUCAUUCAAGGAAUUACACAUUGUGCCUCUGUCCGUGGUGCUGAUAUUCCAGCAAAAGCGCUUUGAACCCCACCCCAAAUUCCACCUUGAAAACAACAACAAAAUCAGAGAGCCUGGCCAGGGCGGCAAUGAUUCCCUCCCUGGAUGUACUGAAGUCAUGGCUCUUUGGUCUGCACCUUUUCCCGCCCCAGCCCUGCAAAGGGAGGCCCCGGAGACUGUUGCAUU